UUUCUGAAACGAAUAGGUACAAUGCUUGAUCUGGAUUUGCCGACUUUCUUGCUCAUGAUAAAGUGAGACUCUCGCUUUUCCAACCGAAAGUACCACUGACGAGACAUAGAGGGGGGAUACCGCCAGUGAUUGCUCUGGCAGCAUACCAGAGUGAUGCUUGGGCUGCCGAGUUUACGACACUGGGAUACUUGAUCGGUAUCAUGUCUGUCAUCUCUCUGCCUAUUCUGCCGCGAGCAAAGUUUGCGCAAUCCUUGCUGCUGUCCGUGUUUGCUAUAUGCUUUGCAGCUGCAAUGGCUUUGCUCGCAAUUCGAUGCGCUACAUCAGCCCGGGGUUCGGCAAAGGCAGCAUCGGAAACAGGGACUUCCGGCAGCAAAGAGUCCCUGAGUUACAAUGCGGCCGCAAAUGUAACAGCCGCCGUCUUCCUGUUCUUCAACUUGUGGCUUGCCAAUACUAUCAGAGCACUACGUCCACAGCUUACGAUUGUUUCGAUCCAAUACUGUAUUUUCAUCACUGUUGCCUCAACCUAUGCGGCGACAUUUCCCAGCAUGGAGGCUGGAAAGAGUUUCGUGGACAGAUUGUUGAAGGUGUUCCUCACCGGCUUUGGAAUAGCCACCGCGGUGUCUUUCAUCAUAAUCCCAGUCUCCUCCAGAAAAAUCUGCGGGAAGCAAAUGGCUGGUGUUCUGAACCUGCUGAAAGCCAGCAUCUCUCUUCAUAACGCCUACCUCCACACCAUCACAGUUGCUGCCCUCGAACACCCGGCCGAGUUUGGGAAGGACAAAAAUGCCAGUUUGACACCUGAUCUGGCUGCUUCUCACAAGGAGGCACAAGAGAUUGCAGCCAAAUUGAAGAUGACGCUUCAGCAGGCUGCUAAACUGUUUGGUCAACUGAAAGUCGAAAUCGGGUUUGCAAAAAAGGAGAUAGCAAUCGGAAAACUCUGGCCGGACGAGUUUGCCAAGAUAUGGACGAUGUUGCGACAGAUUUUCCUGCCAGUGGGAGGCUUGUCGACGUUCGCCGACAUCUUACAGUCAGUCAGGCAGCACAAGAAUCAAGGGGAAGACCUCAUUCCGGAUAGCCAGACACUCGAAUCCAUCAGACGCUUUGAGGCAGAUGAGUGGCACGAGAUCGUGGCUUUAUCCAGGGAGCCUUUCCGCAAGCUCGAGGAAAGACUCAACGAUGGCAUAGCACACAUUAUUUACACACUUGAACUGCUUCCACGGCCAAUGGCUUCCAAGCGAGAUAUCGAGAAGAAUGCGGAUAUGCCACCAGCGCCCGGUGAUCGAAACUUUGCCGUGCACCUCGAGAAGGAGAUCAAAUCCUUCGCAAUCCAUCGCAAGGAGACCUUGCGGAAGUGGUGCGAGAAGAAAGGAAUAGAAGUUCCUCAAAAAUUCUGGGAGGACUCUGCAGCACAGUACAAGUUCGACGAUCCAAACUCGAUAGCUGACGCUGUACGAUCGAAGCAAAACCAUCAGCAGCUCUACUUGACCCUUUACCUCGAAUACUUAGUUCUCUCGGUUUGUCAUUCGGUACUGGACCUCGUCCACUAUGCAGAUUCCAAGGUCGAGGACGGAACAAUGAGUAAGAAGCAUUUCAUUUUCCCAGGAUGGAAGCGGAUAAGGAAACUCUUUCAGCACGCAUUCACGCAGGAGGACUCUGAACCGACAUUUGCCGACACUGAAGCCACUGGAAUCCAUAUCGCGCUUGGUGACGCGCUAUCAGCAAAGAAGGAUCCAGAGCAUUUACCUCCAACGAACUUUUAUCAGCGCUUGACAAACCAUCUGAGGGCAGUCCCAAAGUUCCUAGGAUCCGACGCAUGCAGCUACGGCUUUCGCGCAGCCGUUGCUGCCAUGAGCCUCGCAAUCAUUGGCUAUCUGCGCCAAACUCACGAGUUUUAUCUAGCGCAACGUGGGAUUUGGGCAGUAAUCAUGGUGGCCAUCAGUAUGGGACCGACUGCUGGUGCCGGCGUGCAAGGCUUUGUCCUGAGAAUUGCGGGCACUCUUGUGGCCAUGAUCGCUUCCAUCACUAUUUGGUACAUGUCGGAUCAGAAGCCCGCUGCAAUCAUUCCUCUCACUUACCUGUGUUUCUUAUGCGGCUUCUAUGUCCUGUUGAAGAAGCCGAUGUUGAUGAUAACGGGCGUUAUCUCUAUGGUCACCGUGAUCCUCAUCGUUGGAUACGAGCUGCAAGACCUCAAAAUCGGCACGAAGGCAUUGACCUCGAACGGACAGAAGUAUUACCACAUAUACGUCCUGGCGCCGUAUCGACUCGCCGCAGUCGUGAUCGGUCUGUCCGUCGCGUUCAUCUGGACGUACUUCCCGUACCCAAUUACCACGCACGCCACGCUGCGCAAGGACCUCGGAUCUACACUGUACAUAAUGGCCAAUUACUAUUCGAUCACGCACUCAACACUCGAAAUGAAACUGCGGCUCGGCUGGCGCGCCCAAGACGCAGGCAAGAUGUCAGCGAUGAAGAAGCUCGACAAGGCCCGCCGGCGCAGCUUCGAGAAGAUGAUCAUCAUGAUGAACAAGUUACGUGAGCACUCGGCGUUUACCGUGUACGAGCCCUCGAUCGGCGGCAAGUUUCCCAAACAGACCUACGAUGCACUGAUCGCGCACAUGCAGAGCCUGUUCAAUUACAUGUCGAUCAUCAACUUCGCGGCCCAGACCUUCGAGUCGAAACAAGACGGCGAGGAGAGCGAGUGGCUGCGCGAUUUCCGACGGAUGACGGCCGAGACCACCGUGACUAGCCACGAGCUUACAUCGACGCUUUGCUUGUUGUCGGCCAGCAUGUACAACGCCCAGCCUCUUCCCCCGUACGUGCGCGUGCCACCGCCAAUCCAUCUUGCAGACCAGCUGGCCGGUAUCGACCCGGGGAUUUUGAGCGUGCAGCAUAUCGACGAGCCGUGCUAUGCUGCGUUUGCAGUGCUCGAGAUCGCCAGCGUGCUCAUCAUGCAGGAAACGUCUGCUGUAUUGGCGAAGGUCAAGGAGUUGGUUGGGGAAGUCGAUUUCUCGCUGCAUGUGAUUGGUUCGCCAUUGGAUUCGACGACCAGUUCGUUGAACAAUCUGAAUGGGAAGGGCAAGGCUGAUUGAUCGAUUGAUCAAGGGGGCGCGGCUUCAUGAACUGUUUGAUGUUCAGAAAACUGCUUUGUGGCUUGAUAUGGUGCACGCAGAGCACUUCUUUGAUAGAAGCUGGGCAGACAGAUUGCUAGAGAGAACGAUCAAUCAAUUGCAGUAUUCUACCAUCUGGUGCCUUUGUGCAGAUCAUUCCGUAUAGUGUAGCUGAACCGUGAUCCCCAUGAUCCGAACCGAGGGUAUCUUUGAAGUACAA